AUAUGUGUAUUUUGAUUGUCAUGAUUGUUAUUCUUUAUUUAGGCUGUCAAUCACAUGAUAAUUCACAUGAUAAUGAGUAAGAAAAACAGACAGUAAUCACGUGAGCAUGAGCAGGCGUGUCUAGUUUCACUACAGUGUGACAUCAUGGUUAAAGGUCUGUGUGGGUGUGUGGGUGUUGUAUAAAGUAGUUCCUCUGCUGCGGAUCGUCUCAGUCUGUGUGUGUCAGUGUGUGUGUGUGUGUGUGUUUCCGUGUUAAAUGGACUUGGAGGGCUUCACUUCCAGCGUCUCUCUCUCUCCUCUCUUCUUCGUCGUUCUUUUGUUGAUUUUCUGCUGCACACCUGUUGAAGGUCAGUCUGCAGUCGUCGGUCCGCUCCAGCCAAUCGUGGCCGUCCCUGGCGAUGACGUCAUCCUGCCGUGUCACGUGGAGCCGCCGGUCAACGUGGCUCGACUGACGGUGGAGUGGUCGCGGCCGGACAUCCAGCCCGACCCCAACGACAGGCUGAGGGGGGUGGACUACGUGCACCUGUACCGGGACAGCCGCGAGGUCCCGGACAUGAAGCUGUCGUCGUACGUCAGCAGGACGACGCUGUUCAGGGACGGACUGAGACGAGGAAACAUUUCACUCAAGAUCAUCAACGUGACGCUCCAAGACCAAGGCGCAUUCAGAUGUUUUAUACCCAAGUUAAAGAGCAAAACACAGUUCUCUAUUGUAAAUCUUGUCGUUGUGCCAAAGUCUAAUACCUGGACAACAGAGACGCCACAACAAACUCCUGAUCAGAAAGAAGAGAGGGGUGCUGAAGGUGUUCUGUCUGAGAGGAGCAGACUGAUCCCAGUCGUGGUUUUCUCCGUCUUCCUGAUGAUCCUGGCUGUUGGAGUUACUGCAUAUUUUACACAAUGUGUCACAAAGUGUCAAAAACAAAAGCUUAUAAAACCAUCUCUUCUGUCGUCACCGUGCUGAAGAAAAACACUGGCAGACAUGUUUGACAGAGACAAAACUCUGGAGGCGUUUAUGUUGUGGAAAGAAGCAGACUGUCACCAGAAAAGUUUCUCUGAUAUGAACUUUUGCUCCUGUUGAUGCUGGUUUGACCAUCUGCAGAGUUUCAACAUCAGACUCCAAAUGUUCCAACUGAAGCUUUUGUAAAACUUUAACCUGAAGGAACUUUAUCUCUGAAUAGAUUUACAUGUUGGGCUUUGACACAAGGGAACAUUUCAUCUUCCUUUACAUAAUUUGCAUGGCAGGUGAAGUAAUUUGAGUACUAGACAAAUAAAAGGGUCAUUUGUACUGCAAACACAGCUCUAUUUAUACUGUGCUAAAGUCUAAAUACACAGGUGAGACAGAAAUGAAGGUUUCUCACAGUCGGCAAGUGAAAAACAAAAGCUUAUUGCCAAACAGCUGUUAAGUUCUUAUAUCAGAUAUUUGCUCUUAUCAUGUGUUUGAUCUUUUGUGUUAUCGUAUUACACACCACUAAACAAUAUUGCAACAGUCAAAGUGAAAAAAUAUUUGUUAAACAUUAUAUUAACCCAUAAGAACCCAGACCCAGUUAUCCAUAAAGGAAAGUUAUGGGGGAUAUAUCACAGACCAAGUGAACCAUGCAGAACAUAUUUAUGAUGUGGGUUUUUUUUGGUCAUUUUGUGUCUUUUUUUAGUAAUUUUGUGGAGGGUUUUGUGUCUUUUUUUAAGUAAUUUAGUUUUUUUCUGUCAUUUUGUGUCUUUUUUUGGUCAUUUUGUGUCUUUUUUAAGUAAUUUAGUGUUUUUUUCUGUCAUUUUGUGUCUUUCUUGGUCAUUUUGUGUCUUUUUAAGUCAUUUUGUCUGUCUUUUUUGUGUCUUUUUUAAGUAAUUUAGAUGUUUUGGUCAUUUUGAUACUGCCUCCAGCGGCCCCCAGGUAAUUUGAGUUUGAGACCCCUGGUCUAGAAUAUUUAAAGUGUUUGUUACAUGGGUGUCACCGUGGGUGCUUAUGGGUUAAUGGGAUAAACGACUUUUUUUAAGGUGAAAGAAAGAAAGUGGCAGCUUUAGGAGGUUAUUUAUGACUGAUUAAUGGCUGAUGAUUUAGGUUUUAUUCAGUGUUUUAACCUUUUUGUUUUUAACAGACUGAAAAUGUGCAAAUGUUACAUUUUAAAUGCAUCACUGAUUGUUUCUGCUCCUUUAACACCACUUGUUCUUUUGUUUUGUUUUUUUUGUUUUUUUAUUGUUGUAAUUUAAUUAUUUCUAUGUGUGGUCUAUCUGUGUGUGUAGUACAUAAUGUCCUUUGCUGUUAAAUAACGAGAACCUUGUUGGUCUGAAUCUGUUUGUUAACUCUUGCUGAACUGUUGUCGUUUUUAUCUGUUAAUUUAUUCUAAACUGUUCCAAUAAAAGCUGGACUUUUCUUUGGUUAAACAUUGUUCUUGUUGCGAUCUUACAGAUUAAAUGACCUCUCAUUAAUUAUGCACUUUAAAUAUAGUUUUGUGUUGUCAUCAAUGCUGUAUGUGUUUGAUUAGGCCUUCAAGCAUUUCUUUUCCCUGUUGAAACCUUUUAUGUGAGCACCUUAUCACCACAUUAUUUUGCAAAGGUUGUUGCACUUUAUUCAGGACAUUCUCACGUGUUACUUACUCUGUUUUUUUUUUUUUUACUCACGUGUUUCAACUCUGUUUUUUUAGCUGUACUGAUGUCUUGUUUUUAUGUAACUGAGAAUUGCCAAAUACAUCAUGUGGGUGAUUGCA